AAUCAACACAGUAUGGACAAUCAACCAAAGGUUGCAAUGGUGGUGAAAGUCAUAGGCCGAACUGGAUCUAGAGGACAAGUUACUCAAGUUCGAGUUAAGUUCAUAGAUUCCCCGGAGAGAUUAAUCAUGAGGAAUGUUAAAGGUCCGGUUAGAGAAGGCGAUAUGCUUGUUCUUCUCGAGACCGAACGAGAAGCAAGAAGGUUGCGCUGAUUUAAUUGAAGUCUUUUUUUCUGAUAUUUUAUUUUAUUCUUUGUUGUCUUACUUCUAUGAUCAAUUAGCUACAUAAUUUCUGUUUUUUAUCAUUGUUUCGAUACUAUUAGUCUUAAAACUAGUACUAUAUAUAUAGUUUUUGUUUUUCAUCAUGCAUGAAUUGAAAGCUAGCAAUUGACACAUAAUUAAUUUAUUUGCAAACAAGAACAUGAUGUUUCAGUAAUUGUUCAGAU